AUGGACACCAAACUAUCGCUGUUUCUAUUCAUAAUCAUUAAAACAUGUCUCAGUGAAAACUUAGACAAUCUAUUUCAAAUAAUUAACGAAGAAACGGGAAAAUUCAAUGCCAUAGCUGCUAACAUAGCAUGGGAGUCCUCAAUUAAUCCUGGCAACCCAGAACUGAAGGAAAAAUCAAUUAAGUAUCAAAGAAAUCGAAUAACAUGGCAACAAACAACUUGUGAUAGACUGGGCAUGCUUUAUAACAGUCAGUUGUUAAAUGAAACGCAAAGAAGACAUGCGUAUUUGCUGUGUCGAGGACCUAAGUUUACGUUUAAUGAAGCAAGACACACAAGUAACCUUUACGAAGAAUUACAAUCUAUUUACUCAGAUGCCGAAGUUUGUAUACCCACUGAAUCGUUUAUUCCUAUUAAAAACUUUUCGAACAUCGAAAAUGCCAUCUUGAAUUAUUUGACAAAUGUCAAACAGUUUUUAAAUUUCGACCAAGAUUACAUUCUUUUUGCCGCCAAAGUCGCUGUCAACAGCUACUCCCACAAACAAGAAAGACUAUGUUUAAAAGGUGAAAAUGACUUUGAGAAAAUGAUGGAAUUUUCGAGAAAUGAAAAGGUUUUGAGAUGGUUAUGGCUGACGUGGAGGGAGAAAGUAGGACCUCCGAUGAAGGAACCUUACAGAAGACUGGUUGAUGUUGAAAAUCAAGCUUCUACGCGAAAUGGGUACCCAAACAUCGGAGCUUCAUGGCGUGAUUCGCUUGAAAUGCCUCGUCUCCGUCGACACUGUCGCCAUCUCUACGAGAGUAUUAAACCUCUUUACAAAUUAUUACACGCAGUUGUGAGAUUCUAUCUCCGAUGGUAUUACGGAGAGGUUGUGCCUAAAAGAGGACCUAUACCUGCACAUUUGUUAGGUAAUUUGUGGUCACAAAAUUGGGAGCCACUCGCAGACCUCAUGCAACUUAAGACCAUAGACUUGAACAGAAGAAUGAAGGAGUUGAAUUGGACAGUAACUCAUAUGGUAAAGAGAGCAGAGGAUUUUUACCAAUCUCUUGGCCUACCCGCAAUGACAGAUAAAUUUUGGCGCGAAUCUGUAAUGGCCAGAGAUAAUAAUAGUAAAAUAAGAUGUCACGGAACAGCAGCAGAUAUGUUUCAAGAAGGAGACUAUCGCCUUCUAUAUUGUUCAGAGACAUCCAAGGAAGACUUUUACGUUUUGCAUCAUGAGCUCGGACACAUACAGUACUACAUGGCGUAUGAACAUCAACCAGCUUUAUUCAGACAAGCCAAUGCUGCAUUACACGAAACUAUUGGAGAUACCAUAAUGUAUGGCGUGCUUACACCCCAACACUUAAACCGUCUCGGUCUUAUCAACGACUCACUACUCUUCACACCAAAUGGUGAUCAGACAGUUGAUACAUAUUUAGAUCAUUUACCAGACAAUGAUAAAUAUACAGCAAAUGAUGAAAAGAUAAAACCUUACGAAGAUACUAUAAAAGAAAGUUCUAAAACAAUAAAUGAUAUUGGUAGAGAAAAUGAUCUUUUGAAACAAAAAGCUCCAAAAUUAUUUGAUACUAAAGAUUUAACGAUAGACAUGAUUUUACUAUUUAAACAAGCUCUCAACAAACUGCCUCAGAUACCGUUUGCUCUUUCAAUAGACGAAUAUAGAUGGAAAUAUUUUGAAGGCUCUUUAGAAAGGCAUAAUAGAGAAUUUUGGAAUUUAGUAGAGGAGCUACAAGGAGUCACUUCUCCAGGUAAAAGAGGAGAGGAGUAUUUCGAUGUUGGAGCCAAGUUUCAUGUACCGGAUAAUACACCUUACAUCAGAUAUUUUCUGAGUAGUUUCCUUCAACACCAACUGUUUGAAAAACUUUGUAAAGCUGCUGUGUUCGGUCGACGAAACGUAAAAUAUCCUGUACCUGAUAGUAUUGGUUUAGGUAGAUGUGAUAUUUACGGGUCUAAGGCUGCUGGGAAGAUCUUGAAGGACAUUAUGUCACGAGGCCAUUCCCAACACUGGAGUGAGAUCUUACAAGAAACUGUAGACGAACAGAAUAUAUCAUCUGAAGCCUUAAAUCGAUACUACGAACCUCUUUAUAAAGUUCUGGACAAAUUUGUACGCAAGCAUCAUGUACCUAUGGGAUGGUAA